UUCAGUCUAUCCCGGUUCGCUGCUGACACCGGUCACCAAUGGCAUGCAACAAUAUGGCAUGCAACCCAGCAGUACAGCAGCACUCACCGCCGUCUCAUCCGGUUCACCGUCCCAUCACCCAGCAGCGCAUUCGGCGGCCUCCACGCCUGGCGCACACUCAACAAAUUCAGUCGUAGCAGCGGCCAAUGCAUCGCUUGCCACCGGUUCCGGUUCAAAUUCCAUCUGUAACGAUGACUAUGGCUCACCGAAGAGCAACACCAGUAGCAAUGGUGGUGGUGGUAGUGGUGCGGCUGGCGAUGCUAAUAGUGGGCCGUUGCCAGCAUUUCAACGUAUUACCAGUUAUGGUGGUGGUGCGGGCGGCACAGCUGGUGUGGCGAAUUUGAACGGCGGCGGCGUAACAACGGUUGGCAGUGGCGCCGAUCGUUACACAUCGUUGGCAAAUUAUCGCACAAACGACACAUGGCCCGGUCAUUAUGAGGCAAUUAGCUACGCGCCCACAUCGGUCGUAACGAGUGCUGCCGGCCUGGUUGGCAAUACGAAUGUUAUACGCAGCUGCAAUGGACGUACGGGCCCCGGUAUUGGGGUGGUUGGCGUUGGUGUGGAGGGCUCUGCCUCAGCUAAUUUGGCCGCCGCAGCUGCGGCCCAUUUGAGUGCGUCGGCAUCGUUGACAGCAAUGGCCGCUGAGUCAAGCGGGGAUUUCUAUAAGAGCUAUCCGUUUAGUGUGCCGAGUCGGACGGCAACAGCGUCUGCCGAGGAGCAUGUUAGUCGUUCAAGUUCGCGCCGUAUGAGUGCCUCCCGUCGCGUCGGUUUGUCCUGCUCAAAUUGCCUUACAACACACACUUCGUUGUGGCGUCGAAAUCCCAGCGGUGAGCCCGUCUGCAAUGCCUGCGGACUUUACUUCAAAUUGCAUAGCGUGAAACGUCCAUUAACCAUGAAGAAGGACACCAUACAGACACGCAAGCGAAAAGCAAAGGGUACUAAAGGCGAAAAAUCUAGCAAAAGCAGCAAACAAAAUGCGAACUCCAACCCCGCCGCUGACGCAAAUAAUGAACUAAAACAUUUAACAACUAAUUUGCAACAACAACAACAAGCACAACAAUUGGCAAGCACACAAUUGCUGCAAUUGAAACAAGAGCCACAAAGCAACAACACUGCGCUGGCGCAAACAACCCUAAUGUCACCAACAACAAAUGACGGCAGCGCCUCCCCGACGGACACGAAGUCACCGCUGUUGGGACUGUUGCCUGCAUCACCGCUAACGCCACAGCAGCAACAACAGUUGGAAGAAGUGGCCGCCAUGCAGGAGCAACAACUGCGACAACAAGAACAACAACAACAACAACAACUGCAGCAAUCAUACAACCAGAAAAUGUCCCCACCAAUGACACACAUCCACUCACCAAUAAUGUUCUCAUCCACAUCACCGACUCACAAUGGGCAUUUGAAUAACAAUAACAAUAAUAAUAACACUGGUGCAUAUGUCAAUAAUAACAAUAAUAAUAGCAACAACAACAAUAACAACAAUCAUAUCACCAAUAACAAUGAAACUUUAAAGCUUAUGCAGAAGCAGCUGCAGGCUCACCAACAGCAAAUGCAGACACAGCAGCAGCAGCAGCAACAACAACAACACGCAUCAUCCUCACCGCGCCAUCAGCAACAGCAACAGCAACAACAACAAUUAUUGGCCCAGCAACUUAUGCAUCUGAUGCCACCACACUCAUCCCCCUCGGCAUCAGUCUCAAUGCCAUCAACGCCGAGCACACCAACCACACCGACGACGACGUCGCAACAGCUCCAACAACAGCAACAACUCCAGCAGCAACAGCAGCAGCAACUGCGACACCAUCUAUCGCCACAGCAACAACAACAGAUCUUUCAGCAAUUAACACACCAACAUCAGUUUCAACAUGGCCAACUGCAGACGCAUUUAUCUAAUAUGUGCAAUUCGUUGCAUUACCACCACCAACAGCAACAACAACAACAACAACAACAACAGUACCUGCAGCAACAGGCGCAUAGUCCAGCUGGUUCAGUAUCGCCAGCGCAUUCCAGCUUCGGCGAAUUGGUGCCACUGCAUGAGGAAGCCAUUAAAAUUGAACAGCUUCAGCAGCAGCAUCAACAACAACAACAACAACAACACCACCACCACCACCACCAGCAUCAUCAUCAUCAUGCAUUGUUGCAACAAGAUGUGGCACUUAGCCGUAGUCCAUCACUGGAGGAGGAUGAGGUGAUGUUUGAGCUGCAACAGCAACAGCAGCAACAACAACACGCGCAUGCGCAAGCGAUUGCGUUGCAUUUGCAACACCAGCAUGAGCUGCAACAACAACACCAACAAAGCCUAUUCGAAUUGCACGAAUUCGAACGGAAGUAUGAGCGCGAGACGGUGGUGAAAACGGAGUGAGUGGUGGGGAGGAGCUGGUGGUGUAUAUAAAUAUGUAGGAGUAAUUAUGUACAUACAUAGAUAAGUGAAGGAUGAAUGAAGAAAUGUGCGGGCAGUGGGCGGUGCUAGCAAAACGGAAUCAGCGAGAAACCAAAGACCGGAUUUAUUUACAUAACAUUUUUGAGUGUUGUUUUUUCCAAUUGUUAUACGAUAUUUUAAAGAUAGGCAAUAUUUUUUAAGUUAUUUGCGAAUGUUUUAGAUUUACUUUUAAGGAAUCUCAAUUCUCCAAAGACCUCGAUAGGCAAUAAUGUAUACAAAAAAUUCGUACUUUUUAUAAGCAUAAGCCAGUUGAUUGUAUGCAUUGAAUCUCAAAAAAAAAAAAGACACAAUUAGUAUACGAAUAUAGAGAAAAAAAUAGUAUAUAUACGAAAACUACAAAAAAAAAAA